AUUCAAUCGGACAAGUUCGUUCGUGAACUACACAACUCUAUUUUGCACGUUUCAUUCAAACAAAGUAUUUCUAAGCAACCGGGAACACCAAAGAAACAAUUAUUCCAGAAAAAUCUCGACAGUAAAAUUCAAUAAAAAAUACACAUUAAAACCACAUAAAAAAUGGCUGGUCAAGAGGAACACUUUGAUAACAUUUUAUUGGCCAUGGCUCAAAAACAUGCCGGUGGAAUGCCCGAUUUCCUUCGCACAUUUGCCGGUUUUCUAAGACGACGCAGUGAUUUUUAUACAGGCGAUUGGGAAAAGUUGAUAAUGGAUAUUUUACGCAAGGAAGCUGAUAUCGCCAUGGCUGAACACAAAGAAAAAAUGCGUAAGCAGGAAGAACAACGAACAAAAGAGGAAAAAGAACGCAAAGAGAGGGAGGCCAGGGAAAAGGAAAUGUCCCAAAGUAAGAUUUGUGAUAUCACCGAUGAGGAAGCUGCCCAAAUAAUCAAAGAAGAGGAAGACAAGAAACGUCAAAAGCUAUUGGAAGAAGCUGCCGCAGCUGCUGGUGGCACUGCUCCUGUAGUUGUCGAUGAAGAAAAAUCCAAACCCAUUGACAAGGUUGAAGAUGAAACCGAAAAAUCAGAAGUUGGCAAAUUAUUGCCCAAUGCCGGUAAUGGUUGCACCUUGGAUAAAUAUAUGUGGACACAGACCCUAGGUGAAGUUGAGCUAAAAAUUCCAUUUGCUGUAUCAUUUAACUUGAGAGCUCGUGAUUUAGUGGUAGAUAUUCAAAAGAAGACCCUUAAGGUUGGUCUAAAAGGUCAUGAACCAGUCAUCAAUGGUCAACUGUGUGCUGAAGUAAAAGUUGAAGAUUCAUUAUGGGUAUUACAGGAUAGCAAAACUGUACAAAUAACAUUGGAAAAGGUCAACAAAAUGAAUUGGUGGGAUCGUUUGGUAAUGACAGAUCCACCAAUUUCAACACGUAAAAUAAAUCCUGAACCUUCCAAGCUGUCCGAUCUGGAGGGUGAAACCCGCAGUUUGGUAGAGAAAAUGAUGUACGAUCAAAGACAAAAAGAAAUGGGUUUGCCUACCAGUGAUGAUCAAAAGAAAAUGGAAAUAUUGGAACAAUUCAAAAAACAACAUCCUGAAUUGGAUUUCUCCAAAUGUAAAUUCAAUUAAAACUUACUCUGCUGUAUGCCUGUGAGAGUGUUGAUACAGUAGUAGUAGUACAAAUUAUUGUCCUUAUCUGCCCACGAGACAGCAACUGUCAAGGACUGUUUUCUCUCAAAUCUGUAUUUACUGACGUAGUUUUAAUAUUACCCCCUCCCCCACUAUUUUUAUUGUGCUUACUUUGAUAUUAACAUUUCCUGUAUUUAUCAUCUUUUCGGUCUACUGAAGACAUUUUUCCUCUUUUUAAUAUUAGCAUUUCUUUAUAAUAAAUAUUGUGUUUUUUUUUUUUGUAAUUUAAAUAUACAAUUAUUUUAAAUAAUCAUAUAUUUUGAAAAAUAUAUUAUGAAGAUGUAAGAUAAGAAUGAAAA